UCCAGAUGGAAUCCCAGUUCCUGCAUCUGCUUAAGCAGGCACUUUAAUCUGCUGAGGGUUUCACUGUGGUCUAUACUAGCCUUGGACUCACUAUGUAGCCCAUGCUGACCUGAAACACAUAGAUUCUCCUGUCUGAUGUUCCCAACUGCUGAGCUUACAGGUCUAAUGAUACAGUAAAAAAUGUAGCAAAAGAAAGAAAAAACUUCAAGUUAAAUAAAGUUUCUAAGGAUAUAAAAGAUGGCAAGUCCAGAUAGAAGUAAGCGGAGGAUAUUAAAAGCCAAAAAAACAAUGCCUACAAGUUGCCGGAAACAAGCAGAGAUCCUGAAUAAGUCGAAGACUAUUGAAGUCCUGAAAACAACAGUUGAGAAUAAUGUUCCAAAUGGUAAUCAGAAUUCAAGUACUGAAGUUAUAACUAGAGAAUGUAGACAUCCUGAAAGUGUUGAUUCUUCAUUGGACUCUAUGAUAAAUUCUGCAUUUUUACUAAAAAGUAUAGGAUUCCCUCAGAAAUUAAUAAAACCUGUAGAAAAAGUUGUUGAUUCAGAAACAAGAUUUGAACAUAUUGGUGAACAACUUACAUGUUCUUUCAAGAAGCCAAGAAAAGCAGUAGAUUCUCCCAGCCAAUUCUGUAGACAAGACGUAAAAGAGAAAUGGAGUACUUCUGAAACUCAUUUUGAAUAUAAGGCAAAUGUAACAUCAUCCUUUUUUCAAAAUGAACAGAACUCUAAUCUAAAAUCUAUUUGUCAUUCACCCAUUAUUUUGAGUGAUGUAGCUCAGAAUCCCUUCGAUGACAACGGAAUCAACAAGAUACCUUCCAGUUUAGAAAUAAACUCCAAUUCAGAGUCACAUGAUGAAAAGCAAAGUGACAUUUUAAGUUCAAACUCAUGUUGUGUGCCGGCUGCAAAAAUGCCUAACUUGAUGAAUGUAGUUAGUUCCAGCAACUGUGCUGCUAACACUUUGAAAACUAAAGAAUCCAGUGGAACCCAACACUCUAGCAUUUCAGACUGUGAAAAUGUAGACUCAAAGCAGCAGUGCUUACUCAACACUGAGGAUAAUAACAGCCACAAUCAAAAGAAGAUGUGUUCAGAAAACAAAGAAAAUGUUAAGCACAUGAAAACAUCAGAGCAAAUUAAUGAAAAUAUUUGUGUCGCUCUGGAAAGGCAAACAGCAAUGCUGGAACAGGUCAGACAUUUGAUUCGACAGGAGAUCUGUGGUAAAGAUUUCAAACUAUUUGAUAAAAAAGUGAAAGAAUUGAAUGAACGCCUUGGGAACACACAGUGCAGGAGAAAGCAUGAAGCAGUAGCUGGCGAGCUCUUUUCAAAAGUAGCAAAACUUCAAAGACAUGUUAAAGCAAUCUUAGCAUUUCAGAGGAAAUAUUUGGACUCAAACACAUUAUCCAGUAAUCCCCCCUUUAAGAUUGGAAAUUCAGAGACCGUGACUUUGGAUAAGAAUGGAGAGUCAGUUAAUAGCCAAGAUGAACGAAUGACUCCUGUGAACUGUGAACCUACCAGUCCUUCAGAAAAAGCAAGUGAAAAACUUAGUUUGUUGUUGGAUGGUGUUGAGUUUGUUUCUGAAAGUAACGAUGAUGUUAUGUUGAUUUCUGUGGAAAGUCCUAAUUUGACAACUCCAGUUUCAUCAAAUUCAACAGACUCUCAAACCGUUUCAUCAACAAAUUCCAGCAAGUCACCUAAUAAUAGAAAUGAAGUUACGGCUCCAGAGAAGAAAGAUGAUUUUGUUAUUGAUCUGACAAAAGAAGGCCUGUCCAAGUGCAACACAGAAAGUCCAGCAUUUACCUUGGAGUCACUUUCCAAACCAGCUUUAAACUCAAAAGAAACAAACGUAGUGGCAGAAGAUGCAACCGAGGAUUUGGAUUCCUUUGAGCACCUGCCACCUCUCCCAGAACCAUCACCACCACUGCCUGAACUGGUUUGCAAAAUUGGAGACACCCUCCCUCCCCAGAAGCCCGAGCUAAAAGUGAAGUGGGUGCUAAGACCUAUGGGCAUUGCCCUAACCUGGAACAUCACCAAGAUCGACCCCAGGUGUGCUCCUGUAGAAAGCUACCACCUCUUCCUAUGCUAUGAGAAUGCGAAUAGCAAGUUGACUUGGAAGAAAAUAGGAAAAGUUAAAGCUUUACCACUCCCAAUGGCCUGUACUUUAUCAGAAUUUUAUGCUUCUAAUAGAUACUAUUUUACUGUCCAGUCGAAAGACAUAUUUGGUCGUUAUGGACCAUUUUGUGAUAUAAAAUCAGUUCCUGGUUUUUGUGAUAACUUGACUUAAAAGUCUUUAGUAAUUAUAUGUUGUGUUUGAAAUGUUCUGUUUUUCAUAUUUGAAUUGUUCACAAUGUUUACCAUUUCACAGAGUCAGAUUGUGAACCCCUGGGGAUAGUCCUGUGCCUUUUACUGUAAUUAACUUGUUUCAUCAGUUUCUGACUUGCAUGGAUUUCCAAUGUUUGUGUUCUCAAAC